AUGGAUUACCAGCAACAGCAGCAGCAACAGCAGCAGCAACAGCAAAUGCAGCCGAACCCAUAUGAGGGCCAGCCCCAGCAGCAGCCCAUCCAACAGGAGUACACCCAGGGCGCCGCCGUCCAGAACCAGGAAUGGCAAGCAAGCUUGUGCAGCUGCUCGCCCAUUGACAGCUGCUGCUUGGCCUACUGGCUACCAUGCAUCCUCAUUGGCAAGACCACAGAGCGCAUGCGCGACCCCACGAUGCAGACGUACGAGGCCAUCAAUACGGACUGCCUGCUCUAUGGUGCUAUCCAAUGCUUCACCGGUUGCGGGUGGAUCUACGCGCUUAUGAAGCGCGGCGAGAUCCGUGAGCGCUUCGGCAUCAAGGGCUCUGGCGCGAGCGACUGCUGUGUGAGCUACUGGUGCUGCUGCUGCGCGCUCAUCCAGCAGGAUAACGAGGUCAAGGCCCGCCUGUCUACGGGACCUAUCGUCCAGGGGUACCAGCCGCAGAAGGAGGGCAUGCACAUGCCGCCGCAGCAGCCGCACAACUAA